UUGACGUCACACCACAAUUUUCCCCAGUCGGAUUAAAGAUGGCGCCGCAUCAUGUUCUAAGGUGCUGUCAGCGGAGUUUAUCUUGGAUACCUGUUAUUUUCAUAAACAUUGUCAUUGGCUGGUCUUAUUAUGCAUACGUCGUUGAACUCUGUAUCUUAACAAUCCCAAAUAAUGCAGAAAAAAUAUCAUACCUAGUUGUCUUUCACCUGUUCUUCAUUAUGUUCAUCUGGUCCUACUGGAAGACUAUCUGCAGCAGGCCCGCCAACCCCUCUAAAGAGUUUUGUCUGCCCAAAGUGGAGAAAGAGCAGUAUGAGAAGGAGGAACAUCCAGACACUCAGCAGGAGAUCCUGAAGAAGGUGGUGCUAGGAUUGCCUGUCUAUACACGCACUGGGACAGGAGCCGUCCGCUACUGUGACCGCUGUCUGGUGAUCAAACCCGACCGCUGCCACCACUGCUCCACCUGUGACAUGUGUGUACUGAAGAUGGACCAUCACUGUCCAUGGGUGAAUAACUGUGUUGGAUUUUCAAACUACAAGUUCUUUGUCUUGUUUCUGGCCUACUCCAUGCUGUAUUGUGCAUUCAUCGCCGCUACCGUCCUGCAGUAUUUCAUCAAAUUCUGGACACUUUGCCGAUGGAGAUCUGUUGGGGAUUGUCCUCAGAAUCAGCUGCCUGACACUCACGCCAAAUUCCACGUGUUGUUUCUGUUUUUUGUGGCGGCCAUGUUCUUCAUCAGCAUCCUGUCGCUUUUCAGCUACCAUCUCUGGCUUGUGGGAAAGAACAGGACCACCAUAGAGGCUUUCAGGGCUCCUGUCUUCAGAAAUGGCCCAGACAAGAAUGGUUUCUCUCUGGGAUUCAGUAGGAACAUGGCUGAGGUCUUUGGAGACCAGAAGAAGUACUGGAUGUUUCCCAUCUAUACCAGUCACGGUGAUGGUAACAGUUUUGUCACCCGGUUGGUGAACUUAGAUCCUGAGCAGAUAGCUGUGGGCCUCCAGAUCAACGGCAAAAGCUCUGUAGAUUGUCCUGCAAGCCCCAAGUAUGUCCUUGGCGACACCGUGAACCACAUUGAGGACCAUCAGGAUGGCAGCUUCGACAAAACUGAUGUAGCCGAGACGGUCACAGUCACCAUAGAGAGCGAGUCAUAGACAGGUAAGCCUAUGGAUGACUCCCGCUGAAGUGUGCGCGUUUCCUACAGACCUUAGAGAGGAAUGAUCUUUGAUUACCGAGUUGGCUCAAAUCUGCCAAGAGACAACUGAGCCAUCAACUGUGAUGCCUUACAACCAGCAGAAUCUAAACAAAAAACACCCCUUAUCACCUGCAGCACCCCUACUACCAUGGACAAAUGUCAAGUAACAGCUCUUGUAUGGACAUAUUUUCUAUUGCCAUUCUUACAUCCGCCAAACAGCAUUCCUGGUAUGAUGAUGGACACAUCCUGGACUGUCAUGGACGCUACAUCUUACAUCAGCCGUCUAAGUCCUCACCAAGCACAUACUCUCUGACACUUCAUCUUUGUUUUUAACCAAAGCUUCUUUUUUUUGUAACUGAUUAAUCUCUGGGACUACUCUGUUAUUCAAGCCAAAAAAAAGUAGACUCUGCACUAGCUUAGAUUAUUUCAGGAAAAGUGCAGUAAAAUAAUUGCUUUACUUAUACACCUCAGUCGAAUUAGUAUUCACUUUCUUUAUUGGUAAGUGUUGACUGUUUCUUUCUCCAGACACUCAGUUACUGGCUUUGAUUGGGUUAAGCCCAGGGAAUACAAUGUUCAGGGCCUCAAGACGCAACGUCUCAGUUGACUGUAGUGUGUGUACUGUAUGCACUUUACAUUUGAACCCUGUGGAGGGCGCUAAGCAUAUCCAUUGAUUUCAACAGGCCAUACAGUCUUACAGUAGCUUUGCAUGAAAAAAGGCUUAUUGGGACCCUAUGCCAAACCCUUUCCUGCUCAACAUUGUAAUUUAAAGCUAGAACACUUAGUUUUUCAGAUUAUAAAUUAAUGAUAUCCAUUGAUUCUUGAAUAUAACUUAUAAAUGACUCGUGAGCUCGUGAACUGUCAUACAUACCCCUACAGAUUUAUUUUUUACUAUGUUUGUAAACAACAAAUGUAAAUGCACUAUAGCUUCAGAAAAUGGUUAACUAUCCUUUUUAUAUUUUUGACGAUAAGUCCUUGCAUCCAUUGCUCUGUCUAUGAAUUUGAGUGGUUACAUUUCUCCAGGCCCAUCCCUCAGCUUUUUACCAAAAGAGGCGGGGUAACACUUUGUCAUUGUUUCAACUGCUGAUUCUAGCUUUUAAAUGUGCCUGCAGUUGAGUUCAGAUUUAUUAUUAUUUUUUCUGUUGUAUGGAAGGACAAAGGUUAAGUACAGUGCCAUAGUAAAUGGUUCACCUUAGCAUGGUGUAAUUACUUUAAAAUUUCUGUUUGCAAUUUUAAACAGUUGCUUUCUGCUAAUACACAUUUGAAGUGUCACACACAUGACCCUAAUGACACAGGGCCAAAUCCUAACUCUAGAUGCAUGUUUUGCAAAAUUGUGAUAUACAGUACCGGUCAAAAGUUUGGACACACCUACUCAUUCCAGAGUUGUUCUUUAUUUUUACUAUUCUCUACAUUGUAGCACAACAGUGAUGACAUCAAACCUAUAAAAUAACACAUGGAAUCAUGUAGUAACCAAAAACGUUUUUAAACAAAUCAAAAUAUAUUUCAGGUUCUUCAAAGUAGCCACCCUUUGCCUUGACAGCUUUGCACACACUUGGCAUUCUCUCAACUAGCUUCAUGAGGAAUGCUUUUCCAAAAGUCUUGAAGGACUUCCCACAUAUGCUGAGCACUUGUUGGCUGCUUUUCCUUCAGUUUGCAGUCCAACUCAUCCCAAACCAUCACAAUUGGGUUGAGGUCGGGUGAUUGUGGAGGCCAAGUCAUCUGAUGCAGCACUCCAUCACUCUCCUUGGUCAAAUAGCCCUCACACAGCCUGGAGGUGUGUUUUGUGUCAUUAUAAUUUGUUUUUCAACAGGACAGUCACAAUAAGCACAACCCAGAUAGUACUGCUGUGGUAGCCAUGCUGGUUAAGUGUUCCUUGAAUUUGAAAAUCACUGACGGUGUCACCAGCAAAGCACCAUCACACCACCUAUAUGCUUCACUGUUUGAACCACACAUGCAAAGAUCAUCCGUUCGCCUACCCUGCGUCUCACAAGGACAUGGUGGUUGGAACGAAAAAUCUCACAUUUGGCCUCAUCAGACCAAAGGACAGAUUUCCACCGGUCUAAAGUCCAUUGCUUGUUAUUCUUGGCCCUAGCAAGUCUCCUUAAUUGUGUCCUUUUAGUAGUGGUUUCUUUGCAGCAAUCGAGCCGGAAGACCUGAUUUCAUGCAGUCUCUGAACAGUUUAUAUUGAAAUGAGUCUGUUACUUGAGCUUUUAUUUGGGCUGCAAUUUCUGAAGCUGGUAACUAAUGAACUUAUCCUCUGCAGCAGAGGUAACUCUGGGUCUUCCUUUCCUGUGGCGGUCCUCAUGAGAACCAGUUUCAUCAUGGCGCUUGAUGGUUUUUGCGACUGCACUUGAAGAAACUUUCGAAGUUCUUAAUUUUCUGCAUUGACUUAACUUCACUUCUUAAAGUAAUGGACUGUUUCUCUUUGCUUGUUUGAGAUGUUCUUGCCAUAAUAUAGACUGAGCCCUAUUUGGUAAAAAAACAUCUUCUGUAUACCCCUCUACCUUGUCACAACAACUGAUCGGCUCAAACUCAUUAAAGAAAUUCCACAAAUUAGCUUUUAAUGAGGCACACCUGUUAAUUGAAACGAAGUGGUACCUUACGAACCUCACGAAGCUGGUUGAGAGAAUUCAUGAGUGUGCAAAGGGUGGCUACUUUGGAGAAUCUCAAAUAUAAAAUAUUUCGAUUUGUUUAAAACAUUGGUUACUACAUGUUUCCAUAUGUUAUUUCAUAGUUGGUUUUCUGCAAUGUAGAAGAUGGCCACAAAAAAAUAUCCCUUGUGUGAGUAGGUGUCCAAACUUGACUGGUACUGUAUGUGAUAAGUUUAUCACUUUCAUCUCAAGAAUUUGGUUGGGACUCAACAAGCAGUGCAUUCGGAAAGUUUUCAGAACCCUUUUACUUUUUCCACAUUUGUUACGUUACACCCUUUGUUCUAAAAUUGUUUUUUUAAGUUGUUUUUUUCCCCCUCAGUCUACACACAAUACCCCAUAUUCACAAAGUAAAAACAGGUUUCAAGACAUUUCUGCACAUGUGUUAAAAAAAAAUGUAAAUGAAAUCACAUGAACAUAAGUAUUCAGACCCUUUACUCAGCACUUUGUUGAAGCACCUUUGGCAGCGAUUACAGCCUCGCGAAGUAAUUACAAUAUAGCAAUUACACACUGGAAUGGUAGAUGUGCAAGUAGAGAUACUGGGGUGCAAAGGAGCAAGAUAAAUACAGUAUGGGGAUGAGGUAGUUGGAUGGGCUAUUUACAGAAUGGGCUAUGUAAAGGUGAAGUGAUCUGUGAGCUGCUCGGUCAGCUGAUGCUUAAAGUUAGUGAGGGAGAUAUGAGUCUCCAGCUUCAAUGAUUUUUGCAGUUCUUUCCAGUCAUUGGCAGCAGAGAACUGGAAGGAAAGGUGGCCAAAGGAAGAAUUUGCUUUGGGGGUGACCAGUGAGAUAUACCUGCUGGGGAGUGUGCUAUGGGUGGGUGCUGCUAUGGUGACCGGUGAGCUGAGAUAAGGCGGGGCUUUACCUAGCAAAGACUUGUAGAUGACCUGGAGCCAGUGGGUUUGGCGGCGAGUAUGAAGCGAGGGCUAGCCAACGAGUGUACAGGUCUCAGUGGUGGGUAGUAUAUGGGGCUUUGGUGACAAAAUGGAUGGCACUGUGAUGGAUUGCAUCCAAUUUGUUGAGUAGAGUGUUGGAGGCUAUUUUGUAAAUGACAUCGCCAAAGUUGAGGAUCGGUAGGAUGGUCAGUUUUACGAGGGUAUGUUUGGCAGCAUGAGUGAAGGAUGCUUUGUUGUGAAAUAGGAAGCCGAUUCUAGAUUUAAUUUUGGAUUGGAGAUGCUUAAUGUGAGCCUGGAAGGAGAGUUUACAGUCUAACCAGACACCUAUGUAUUUUUAGUUGUCAGAACCGUCCAGAGUAGUGAUGCUGGAUGGGCGGACAGGUGCAGGCAGUGAUCGGUUGAAUAGCAUGCAUUUAGUUUUACUUGCAUUUAAGAGUAGUUGGAGGCCACAGGAGUUUUGUAUGGCAUUGAAGCUUGUCUGGAGGUUAGUUAACAGUGUCCAAAGAAGGGCCAGAAGUAUACAGAAUGGUGUUGUCUGCGUAGAGGUGGAUCAGAGAAUCUCCAGCAGCAAGGGUGACAUCCAUUGAUGUAUACAGAGAAGUGUCGGCCCGAGAAUUUAACCCUUUGGCACCCCUAUAGACACUGCCUGAGGUCCGAACAACAGGCCCUCCGAUUUGACACACUGAACUCUAUUAGAGAAGUAGUUGGUGAACCAGGCGAGGCAAUCGUUUGAGAAACCAAGGCCCUUGAGCGUACCAAUAAGAAUGUGGUGAUUGACAGUCGAAAGCCUUGGCCAGGUCGAUGAAUACGGCUGCACAGUAAUGUCUCUUAACGAUGGCGGUUAUGAUAUCAUUUAGGACCUUGAGCAUGGCUGAGGUGCACCCAUGACCAGAUCUGAAACCAAAUUGCAUUGCGGAGAAGGUACGGUGGGAUUCAAAAUGGUAGGUAAUCUGUUAACUUGGCUUUCAAAGACCUUAGAAAGGCAGGGUAGGAUAGAUAAUAGGUCUAGAAUGUCCCCCCUUUGAAGAGGGGGAUGACUGUGGCAGCUUUCCAAUCUUUGGGAAUCUGACGAUACAAGAGGUUGAACAGGCUAGUAAUAGAGGUUGCAACAAUUUUAGAGAGGGUCCAGAUUGUCUAGCUCGGCUGAUUCUGCAGGGGUCCAGAUUUUGCAGCUCUUUUCAGAUCAGCUAUCUUGAUUUGGGUGAAGGAGAAAUGGGGGAGGCUUGGGUGAGUUGCUGUGGGGAGUGCAGGGCUGUUGACCG